AACUCCCCCCAGUCCGAAAUCAGCCGUCAAGCCGACCGACCGAGUCGUAUUCGAGUUAUUAUUUAUUUUUUUGUGAGACCGAACGGUAGCCGAUCCACAAAAAAAAAUAUACAACAUCCCCCCUGCCCCCCUAAACAAAAAUCCCCCAAAAAUAUUCGAUCAAAAUUUCAAGUCAAUUUUUUUCUUUUUUUUUGGCUCCAAAAUUCCAGCAAUAGAGUUUCAGUUUUUUUUCAAGAUUUCUGAUUUCUGAUUCCGGGAGUCAUGACCAAACCGAAGCUGCAAUCGCUGCUGCUGCGGACCGCAGAUCGUCGCCAGAGGUCCGCCUUCGAGAAGGUCUCUGCCGCCCCUCGCAGCUGCCCCAAGAAGCUGCCGAAGAAGGCCACUCCCAAGAGCAGUUUGGGCGGAGCGGGUGGUGGUGCCGCCGCCGCCGCCCGGAAGAUGCGAUCGAAGAGGUCCUUUAAGCCAAAGUCUGGCACUGUGAUGGCCCUGCGGCGGGACAGGGCGCCGUCGGCCAGGUCCUUCGACCGCCGGCCGCUCCGCAAGACGACGGCGACGGCGACGUCGGCAGCCAAGUCGCGCAAGAUCCGGCCGAAGAGCUCCUCGGUGUCCCGCAAGCGAUCCAUACGUCGCACCAAACUGAUCGAUGCCGGUCCCGGGAGUCGGAAGAUCGGGGGCCGGGGCACGCCCGUCCUCUUCCUGGCCAAGGACUCGAUCGCCGGCCAUUCGAACCGGAAGCGAGCUGGUGCCGUCAAGUCCGGAGCGAGCCACAAGCGGAGCCACCGGAAGGUGCUGAACUAUUCCCGCCAUCGAAUCGAUCAGCGCUUCAUGACCAUGCCGAUGUCGCGGGCGCACGAGGGCGUCGACUUCUUCUACCAUCUCGGCCAGAGAGUGAACCAGCCGCCGGUCGUCGGCUCCUUCCCGGCCGGCCGGCAGAUGCGACUGCAGGGCGGCUAUGUCGGCGGAAUGCCAGGCAGACUCGGAGGCGGUGGCGGUGGCGGUCUUAUGGGAGGCGUUGGAGGAUACGGAGUUAAUCUCAGUGGUGGUGGCGCUGGAGGAGUGGGCGGCGGCAAUGCCGGGAACUAUGGAGGCGGAGCCACCGGCCUCGUCAUGAGCAACGGGGGUCAUGGCCUGGCGGCCAUUGCCGGCGGAGUGGCCACCAGCGGUGUCGGGCUCUCGGCCAAGAACGUGGAGGUGCCGCUGACCAACCGCCUGCCCAUCAUCGACUUUAUCUCCACCAACGAGUUCCAUAAUAUGUACGCCCCACGGAAGCAGCGACCCCGCCCCUUCGGCCGUUGACUGACUGGCUACUAGACGGGACUGGACGGGACUAGUGGCUUUUACAACACGGGCGACGGGCGAGAGGAUAUGGAUGUGCGGCACACAGCUCCACGUGAAGUUCUGAUUAUGAUGGUUUUGUCGCAAAUUUCUGUGAAUAAAUUUUAAAUAGGAGAAAA